AUGACCACCUGCAUCGAAAAGAGAAAGCCCGCCUUUGUCCUGGUGCCUGGCGCCUCUCAGAAUCCAGCCCAUUACGCCUACCUCCUCCACCUCCUCCAGUCGGCCGGAUAUGGAGCUACCACUGGCCUGCUCCCCAGUAUCGGCGCCCAGGGCGAAGUGACCGCCGCCGAUGAUGCCGACUACGUCCGCAACCAUCUAAUCCUUCCUAUGCUCAACAUCGGCAACCGGGAUGUGAUCCUGAUCAGCCAUUCCUACAGUGGAAUGCCGGCGAGCGCGGCUGCGCGCGGGCUUGGUCCUGCAGACCGCGCCGCCGAGGGCAAAACAACCUCCGUUGUCGGCCAAAUCUUCAUCGCAACCAUCCUACCACGCGGUGGACUGAGUGUCAUCGAUUCAUUUGGUGGUCAUCUACCUCCUCAUAUGUAUAUCGAUCAAGAGCACAACCUUCUCAAAUGCGACGAUCCCAAGCCUCCAUUGUUCUACGAUGUAGAACCAACCCUAGCGGACGCGGCUACCCAAACCUCGCUCAGUCAGGGGCUCAUCUCAUUCUCGAGCCCCUGCCCCGAAGCGAGCUGGGACACCGAGGCCUUCCGCGACCGAGUCGCGUAUGUCCACACUCUCAAGGACCACGCCGUUCCGUACGAAGCGCAGGUCGCCAUGGUCCAGGCUACCGGGGUGAAAUGGAUCACCUGCGAAGUCGCGGCCGGUCACAGUGCGCAGUUGUCCGCCCCAGAGGAUCUGACCAAAAUCAUUCUGAAGCUGGCCCAACAAUUCUGUUCGCUCUGA